CAGGGUGGUGUCACAGCUGUCCAGCUGCAGACUGAGGCCCAGGUGGCAUCCGCCUCAGGCCAGCAAGUCCAGACCCUCCAGGUAGUGGUGACCUCUCUAAUUGUGUUUGUGAGCACUGCAUGACUCUCCCCAUCACCACAUAUCUAAUGCUGUGUUUUUUACAGGGUUUGAAAUAGGGACAGGAAAAUUGUUGGCCGACACUGUGUGCUUUAUGUGAGGCUUCCCAUGAAGAGAGUGAGGUUAUAGCUUUUCAUUGGAUCACAGGUGUAUUCAUGAAUUCCAGCUGUUGUAAUUCAGAAAGCAAAUAGUGGAUGAAAUGGGAGUCGAAAGGGAAGAAACCCACCAAGAUAAUGAAGUCGAGAGACACAACUUAAAAGAGAUAAAGCUUAAAGAUUUUCUGUACUUCCAAGAUUACAUUUCUGAUACUCGCUGUGAGUAGUUCUGCAGGUUUUUUUCCUACAUGAAAGAGAGACACUGAGGUAGGGGGUGACCCACCAGCAUGAAGAGAGAAACUUUUUUUUAUCUGUAAUUGGAAAAGCUACCUGGGAACAGUAUUAGCUCCUGCAGGACUGCGAUAGCUCAUUUCUUGCCUGUGUAUAUACAUUGCAGGGAAACUCAGAUGUGUGUUUCCUAACAGCACACACAACCGAAAUUGGAAAGAAAUGCAUGGUCAUUUCAAGCCCUGAUUUACUUCAGCGUGAAAUAUUCUGGGCUGUGCAAAUACGUCUGUCAUCUCAUUAGCUCAUGUAGGAAAUUUGUGAAGGAGUUGAUGAGCCCUGGGCAGCUGUAGCAGUUUAGCAGUGCAUUGCUCACUUCGUAUUUUGGUUUUGCUUCAGGUUUGAAUGGUCUUGCCAGGUGUCAAGUUGAACACAGCAUUUUUUAUGUUUGGAGUUCAAGUAUGAAAAGCUGGCUGACUUGAAUUGCUUGGAUCACUGUGAUCUCCUACUUCUCCCCACUUUUCUUUUUUUUUUUUUCUUUUUUUCCUUUGCUUGCCUUAAUGCAUUAACAAGAAUCCUGGAAUGUACAUUUUACUUUCUGCCUGUUGGAUAUAGUACUGCUGCCUGUGCUUCUCUGGCUGACACGAGCAUGCUUUUAUCUCUGGUAACUCAAAACACGCACUGCCCAUUUUGUCAGUGACUUCUGUGUGAUAGCUACAAGGUUGAGGAAUGAAUGGAUCAAUGUGGCAAGGGGAUCAGGUGACCUGUAAAGCUACCGUGUUCUAUUUAAGGUGUUGAUCCCUGGGAUACAACUGUGGUUGAGUCUGUUUAUGUGUUAACAUGUAGUUCACUAGGGUAUUUGAACUAUGCAAAGAGAAGUUGUUGGGUUUUUUAAGUGAAAUGUGUUGAAAAUCCGUGCUGAUACUUAGUCUGGUGCUCUACAGUGAAAGUGCCUAAAGAGUGAAUGUUUGCUACUGCCUAGUCUUGAAUUUUACUGCUAGAAAACCCAAGAACUCUGAUUUUUUUGUCACGUUGUUCUGGCUUGUAAACAACUUGGAGCAUGGUUAGGAGUAAUUACCCAGUUCAAAAGAUUCAUCUCACAUUCCAGCUGUGGAGGUGUGGCUUUCUGUAGUCUUUUCAAAGAUACAUUUGGGAGAGUUUGGAGACUUAAAAGGUAAUAAAGUUUAAAUGGGGAGUUUCCCUCCUUGCCUUUUCUUUCAGCAAGCUUUUUCCUAGUGACCAAUUGCAGUGACCUUUAUGUGUAAUUUGGAAGUCUGCAAUAAGUUUUUGUCCAAGAAAUGUCUGCAGCUCAUUUGCUGUCACUCUUCCUUACUGGGCUGCAUUUUGUGCUGUUACAUUAAUAAUUUCACUUAAUAGCCGUGAAAAAAUUCUCUGAGAAUAUCACAAGCUAUAUAUUGGUUAGGAAAUGGAAAUGUUGUAAGCAUGUAAUUGGAGAGUGAAGCUGCUGCAGAAUCUCUCUGCCAGAAUGGCUUACUUUGAGCUUUUUCUCAUUAGGAGCCUCAGUAAAAGAUUAGUAGCGAUGUAGUUAAUGAAGUUUCUUUUAUUACACUUUGCUCUUGGGCUGUGCAUGAACAUAGUUACAGUGUCUAGAAAACUUACCCAGCUUUUAUGCUUUAUUGGUUAGAGUGCAGCAGGAAAAGAUAAUUUACAAAAUCCAGCAGAGCAGCAUGGAGAGAGCUGUAGAAACUAAAGGUAUUUGGUACUGAUUGUGAGCCCAGUACAGUGACUCUUGCUGUGACUGAAGUGACUCAGUUCUCUGGCUGGUCAUUGCAUUGAGAUAGGUCCAGGGGCAGCCAUUAAUGGUGCAGGUGAGCGGAGGGCAGCUGAUCACAUCGACUGGCCAGCCCAUCAUGGUGCAGGCUGUGCCUGGGGGCCAGGGCCAGACAAUCAUGCAGGUCCCUGUUUCUGGAACGCAAGGACUGCAGCAGAUUCAGUUGGUCCAGCCAGGUCAGAUUCAGAUUCAAGGUGGGCAGGCUGUACAGGUACAGGGGCAGCAGGGCCAGACCCAGCAGAUCAUUAUACAGCAGCCACAGACUGCAGUUACUGCUGGCCAGACACAGACUCAGCAACAAAUAGCAGUUCAAGGACAACAAGUAGCACAAACGGCUGAAGGGCAGACCAUAGUCUAUCAGCCCGUUAAUGCUGAUGGAACCAUUCUCCAACAAGUUACAGUCCCUGUUACAGGCAUGAUCACCAUUCCAGCAGCCAGUUUGGCUGGAGCACAAAUUGUGCAAGCAGGAGCCAACACCAAUACCACCAGCAGUGGACAAGGGACUGUUACAGUGACACUGCCAGUUGCUGGAAAUGUUGUCAAUUCAGGUGGAAUGGUUAUGAUGGUACCUGGAGCUGGAUCAGUACCAGCUAUCCAGCGAAUACCUUUGCCUGGAGCAGAGAUGCUUGAAGAAGAGCCCCUCUAUGUAAAUGCUAAGCAGUAUCAUCGAAUCCUGAAGAGGAGGCAGGCACGUGCAAAGCUUGAAGCAGAGGGGAAAAUUCCCAAAGAAAGAAGGAAAUACUUGCAUGAAUCUCGGCAUCGUCAUGCCAUGGCCAGGAAGCGAGGAGAAGGUGGACGUUUCUUCUCACCAAAGGAAAAAGACAGUCCCCACAUGCAGGAUCCAUCUCAGACCAAUGAAGAAGCAAUGACACAGAUGAUCAGAGUCUCCUAAUCACUGCUAACAUAAAAAUGUAACUGAAUUCCUGUUCCUUCUGCAAGUCUGUUCUACCUUACCAGUGUAUCAAGCAAGUCUUUCAAUGGGACAAUCACCACAUCACAGCCUAUCCUUUUCUACAACAAACACCACUUUUUCAGUGUGUGGUAAAGAUUUUAACUGCAGUUGACUCAACUAGUAGAAACUUAAUGACUGUCUUGGUAUACUCUUCUGAUUCAGUGCAGGGAUUUCAGUCUGACAGCUCAUGCCUUUUUUUUUUUUUUUUCUCUCCUUUAUAACAUUUCUUGCAUUAAGAUUGGCCAUGGUGAGUGUACCACUGACUGACCAGCAAUAACUGGCAUGCUGAAGAAGGGCCAGCAAAGACUUCUUGGAGUUAUGACCCUUCUGUGCAGCGACAUAAUCCAGUUUAUGGCAACCAGCACUGAUGUGGCUAUACCACAGUACUUCAUUUUCCCUGUAGAGAAUUGCUAGUUACAUCCACUAUUUACGUCUUUGGAUUUACUGUCUACUGAACUGUUCUCUGCUGUUGCAUUUGCACUUGCAAAACUGACAGAAACUGAAGGGGGUUCUCUUAAGCUCCACUCUGUAAAAUAUGUAAACAGCAAACUCUUCUCUGGGAAAAGUUCAGCCAUCAAGUCAAAGUGAUCAAAACAGUUCAAGAUUGUUACAGGACUUGAUUUAUUGUGUAUCUAUGUGUUCCAAGAAGUAAGAGUGGAGAGGGUUAUUGAUGUGAGGAUAAGGAUUUAGUUAGUAAAUACAAUUUGUUGAUGUUUUUUGGUAUGUUUAUUGCCAGCAGUUAAUGCUUUGGAAGAAGAGUGGAUGCCAAUAUUAAAGUACUGAAGCUUCCAAGUGACUCUCUUCCGAAGGAUUAUUUUUAAAAUCUUUACUUCUAACCAGUCUGAUGCAUGGUUCUCCAAAAGAAAUACAAUCUGCAAUGUCUGAGUGAUAA